AUGGCCACUGCAUCAUGGCGCUCUGCUUUGAACUCUCAUCCAGUUUUUAGUGAUUUGCAGGAAAAUAAUGCGGAAGAAAGACUUAAAAUCGAUUCCAGAAAUUUACUAGAAGUCGGCGGCAGUGAACUAUUUGUAUGGGACCCGCAAAAAUCUCAUCUUCUAACAACAAAUCUAAAGAAUUUACUCGAUACGCAGGUGGAACAGGAAAGAAGUAACUCGUACCAGACCUUAUUAUGUACAAAUCCACCUAGGUUUGCUGUUUGUAACAUUGCACUAAGUCCUACUUGCUGUCAUCUGGCAUUGAGUGGCCAACAUGGUGUUUCCAUUCUCGAGUUACCAAGUCGAUGGGGUAAAUAUGCUGAUUUUGAAGGUGGUAAAUCCAACAUUAACUGCAGAACCAUACCUAUUGCAGAGAGGUUUUUCACCACACAGUCAUCAGUGUUAUUAUUACAGGCCUCAUGGCACCCUGGAAGUCAAUCAGACACUCACAUAAUGCUAUUGACAUCAGAUAAUUUACUAAGAGUUUUUGAGCUAAAUGAUCCGCAGUCUGUUUAUCAAAUAUACUCACUUGGGGAACCACCAAAUAAUUUACAUACAAUGGCUACAUUUGAAGAAGUCCUUGGUGAAAUAGCCGUGUCGUUCGAUUUCGGACCACCACUUGAAAGUACUCCAUGUUUGGAGAGCACUGGAUCAAGUCAUGGUAAACAGAAGGCUAAAGUUUAUCCUGUAUAUGUACUCAGAGGAAAUGGUGAUGUCUAUUACCUGACGGUAUCAAUGGAUGAUCAAAGUACUGUAGGUUAUGCAGUACAGGGCCCACUCAGUAUGUACCCACCAGCUGAAGACAACUAUGGUCUAGAUGCUUGUAAUAUUAUAUGUCUGCAUAGUAAUCCACCUGUAUUAGUCAUUGCUACAUCCACUGGUAAUUUAUAUCACUGUAUUGUAUUGAGUAAAAGUGAUGAAGAUGAUGACACAGGGUCACAGAGUUGGCGAGAUGACCUUGAUUUCAAAAGAGGAUCAGAUUUAUCACUUUAUGUGUACGAGAAUGUUGAACUAGAGUUGUCUUUGUCAUUAGAUCAUUUAGAGGAAGAUAUGACAUGUCCAAUUACAUUACACAGAGAUCCAACAACUACUGACCGGUAUCAUUGUUCACAUGGGACUGGAGUUCAUAGUGUGGCAAUUACAUGGUUGCCAAAGUUACAACAACUUUGUGUUACUGAAGAUGAGGGUAGUUUAUUGGAAUUUAGUCAAGAUCAGUCAUGUAUUGCGGAGCAUUUAGUUUGUACAAGACCAACUUCUGGAAGUUUACCAGCACCAAUUCAAGGAUUAUGUAUUGUAUACGAUAAACUACUUGGAAUAACACUGAUAUGCCUGACAUCACAUUUAGAGUGUGUGGCGCUACCACUUGUUAAUCUAUAUCAGUUGGCACCACCGCUGAUGUCAGCAUCCUUCCCAUCACAGAAAUCUGUGUCACCCUUAAGAGUCAUGUCUGUAGAACCAUUUGAUAGACAUAUUAAGAAGAUACUGCAAAGACAUGUCACUAAUCCAGUGCUCAAAUCCCAUCCUGAAACAGAACUUACGCCUCAAGAAUGUUGUCAAGUUCUUAACCGUGCAACUCAAGUAUUUAGAGAAGAGUACAUCAUCAAACAAGAAGUAGCAAGAGAAGAAAUAGCAAAAAGAAUUAUGGUUCUUCGUGAUCAAAAAAUGCAACAACUACAGGAAUUGAAAGACUUUGAAGAAGAAAGAGAGCAGAUUUCGUCAACAGCAGAAGAAAUUGCUGAAAAACUUGAAGAUGCUAAAGAAAACCAAACUCAACUCAACUCAAGAAUUAAAACUAUCUUAAAAAACCUGGAAGCCCGGCUUCCUGUACUCUCUGAUGCUGAGCAGAAUAUGAAAAAAGAAUUAUCAACAAUGGAAGGGAAACUGAAACAUCACAAAAAUGUGUUACAACAGGUGAAAACCAAAGAAGAGUACCAAAGUCGACAAAUAUCUCGUAUGGAAAAGAAAAGCAGUAAUCGUGGUAUGAGCCAAUCACACACCAAGCACUUGCAUGCCGUUCUUAAAGAAGAAGGCGAUAAAAUCAGUAGUCUUGUAAAACAAGUGCACAGUCUGAAAUCCCUUGCAGGAGAAUAGAUUCUAUGAACACAAUUUUUUUCUUUCCGUUUUAUAAGCUGUAUCAAUUCAUUCAUUUAUCCAUCUAACUUUAUCAACUGACUGGGUAUUGCAGUGUCUAUGGUUCAAGGAAUUUAUUUCACAAAAUAUUCAAUUUGUAGAAGUUUGAUAUGAUUUAUUUCCAUUAUUUGAAAAAGAUAUUUUUCUAUGUGUAUUAAAUAUUAUAUAUACAACUAAACA